AGAUUUUUAUUAUUUGUAGAGUGAGAUUUCUCUGCUUGUUUAUUUAUUAUUUUAAAAAAAAGAAGAUAUGGAGAAAAUGAUAGGGACUGAAGGAUAUUAACCAUCAUCAUCGUCGUCGUCCUCCUGAUUUUUUCUGGUUCUGAUGAUGAUCGUGAUUCAGAUUCAUACGAUCGUCGUCGUAGUUUCCGCUCUCAUUCGUGAUCCCGCCGGCACAUGAUACGUCGAUCGACCUAAACUUUCCUCAAAGUGUCUGUAGUUUGAAGUGAACAACAAACAUUUGGAUGAGGAGGAGACAGCUAAUCUGUUACAGCAGCAGUUAAGAAGUAAUAAUACCUUUUCUGAGGCUCACAAGUUUGGGUGGGGGUGAGGGUAUUCUGAUUGUUUCAUGGGCAAUACAUGCCGUGGAUCUUUUGGAGGCAAGCAUUUUCAGGGCUACGCAACUCCCGAAGACCAUUCUAACCCCAAGCGUAACCCUUCCUCCACCUCCACCGCUGCUCACUCUGACCAUUCUUCUUCUGACAACUUCUCUCCCACCACCUUAGCGUCUCAACACCUUGUUGCUCAAGAAUUGUCCAAGGAUCCUCACCACCCAAAACCCCAAAACGAAAACCACAAUCAUAAUUUCGCCCUUGUUAGUCCCAAGAAGGAGACCAUCAUGAGUCGUGCCAAUAACAAUCAAGCUUACUAUGUAUUAGGUCACAGGACUGCUAAUAUCCGUGACCUUUACAUGUUAGGACGUAAACUAGGACAAGGCCAGUUUGGUACCACUUAUUUGUGCACCGACGUUUCCACUGGUGUUGAAUAUGCCUGUAAAUCAAUCUCCAAGAGGAAGCUAAUUUCCAAAGAAGAUGUUGAGGAUGUUAGGAGGGAGAUUCAGAUCAUGCACCACUUGGCAGGCCAGAAGCAUAUUGUUACCAUUAAGGGAGCUUAUGAGGACCCUUUGUAUGUUCAUAUUGUCAUGGAGCUAUGUGCUGGAGGUGAACUGUUUGACCGUAUUAUCCAAAGGGGACACUACAGUGAGAGAAAGGCAGCACAAUUAACUAAAAUUAUUGUAGGGGUUGUUGAAGCGUGCCAUUCACUUGGGGUGAUGCAUAGAGAUCUAAAGCCAGAGAAUUUCUUGUUGAUUAACAAGGAUGAUGAUUUCUCUCUCAAAGCCAUUGAUUUUGGACUCUCAGUUUUCUUCAAGCCAGGCCAGGUAUUCACUGAUGUGGUUGGAAGCCCAUAUUAUGUUGCCCCUGAGGUGCUUCUAAAGCAUUAUGGUCCCGAAGCAGAUGUCUGGACAGCAGGGGUCAUUCUAUACAUUUUGCUUAGUGGUGUUCCACCCUUUUGGGCUGAAACACAACAAGGGAUAUUUGAUGCGGUUUUGAAGGGACACAUUGAUUUUGAAUCGGACCCCUGGCCAUUAAUAUCUGACAGUGCAAAAGAUCUCAUCCGGAGGAUGUUAUGCAUGCGACCUUCAGAGCGCUUAACUGCUCAUGAAGUUUUAUGUCAUCCUUGGAUAUGUGAAAACGGCGUUGCUCCUGAUAGAGCUCUAGAUCCUGCUGUACUUUCUCGUCUUAAGAAUUUUUCUGCAAUGAAUAAAUUGAAGAAGAUGGCUUUGCGGGUGAUAGCAGAAAGCCUGUCUGAAGAGGAGAUUGCUGGCUUAAGAGAGAUGUUCAGGGCAAUGGAUACUGAUAACAGUGGUGCGAUCACAUUUGAUGAACUUAAAGCUGGACUGAGAAAAUAUGGAUCUACCUUGAAAGAUAUAGAAAUACGUGACCUCAUGGAUGCGGCUGAUGUGGAUAACAGUGGGACCAUCGACUAUGGAGAAUUUAUUGCAGCAACAAUUCACCUUAACAAAUUAGAACGCGAGGAACAUCUCAUGGCAGCCUUUCAAUAUUUUGAUAAGGAUGGAAGUGGUUAUAUUACAGUUGAUGAACUCCAGCAAGCUUGUGCCGAACAUAAUAUGACAGAUGUUUUCCUUGAAGAUAUUAUCAGAGAAGUUGAUCAAGAUAAUGAUGGAAGGAUUGAUUAUGGGGAAUUUGUUGCUAUGAUGCAAAAAGGCAAUGCAGGCAUUGGAAGACGAACAAUGCGAAACAGUCUCAAUAUUAGCAUGAGAGAUGCUGCAGGAGCUCCUUGAUCAUUAGUUACUAUAGUCAGACACCUCAUUCAUUACUUCUAGUCAAACUUGUGUCUUUGCAGUGUCCUAUUCUCUACUGUUAUGGAAGAACGAAAGAUCAGGAAGCUGUAAGGGCAUCCUUGGUAGUCAAUGUAAUUAUACAGGUAGAUCAUAGGACACUUGCCCGCAAUUCUGUUUUUGAGCAAUUACAUCUGUUGUUUGUUCUAAUAUUCUCCUUAUGCGAGCCAAGGAGGUAAAGAUGUUGAGCUCAAUGUGUAAAGUCUUGAUCCACUGCUUGAUCGCGCAGCGUGAGAUUUGGAUUGUCAAAGAUGAAGUCUGGAGCUUGAUCCUUGUUGCCCCGCCAUGAUGCAACUGUUGAUCUGGGGAGAAUGUUGUAAGCAUGGGAGAUACUUUGGUUAUUGGGCUAGUUCAGCUGCUUUCCGCUGCUAAUUUAUGCCGGUGUACUGAAGGGGGAAAAAUAAAAACUUUGUGCUUAUUCUUCUUCGAGGAGGUUGAUGUGCAGACCUCUUAUCUAGAUUUGUUUUUUCCCAUUUUUUAGAUUAUGUACUUGGCUUGGUUUUGUAAUCGACAGAAAUGGCUCCAAACUCUGAAAAUUUUUCUUCUAGUUUUCUCAAUUCCAAUUUUGAGGUGUGUUGUUUUCGUA